ACAGGAAGUACGUGACAGUCCUCCACGGGCGGUGGAUAGGCAACCUAAACGCGAACGAAUUAUUCUGUAUCUUAGUCACGUCUAUAGAGGAAGCUGUUUUUUCUUUAGUAACAUAAAUGACGAGCUUAAAUCUGUUAGAAAUCUCUUUCAUAAUCCUUGUUGUGCACUUGGGAUUUCUGCAAGGCAACUCAGAUAAAGAGAGCAGUUUUAGACAAGAAGUGCGAAGCUACCAGUUCGUCUCACCGCGGUUAAGCCUUAAUCAACAAGGCCGAUCGAGAAGAACAAGAGAUACUUCAACGAAAUCAAGUUCGGGUGGUCAUUUGGGAAGAGCAACGUUUUCCCUUAGAGGAUUUGGCAAGGAAUUUGUCUUAGAUGUUGUACAAAACCGCGUUUUGUUCUCCGCCAAUUAUGUGUCAAGAUAUUUUAAAACGGAUGGUGGAGAAAUCAUUGCCAAAAAUGAGAGAAAUGAAAAUUGUUUUUAUCAAGGAAAUAUUCAAGGCUUGAAGCACUCAAUUGUUGCUAUUAGCACUUGUCAAGGAAUCGAGGGAAUGAUAUAUGAUGGGAAUGAGACAUAUUACAUUCAACCAUUCCCUGGAAAUGCAGACAGACAUGUUAUGUACCGUGCUUCAGACCUGAGAACUGGUAAAAAACAUUGUGGUGUGACGCAUUCUGAUUUUACACAUGCUAUGGAGGAUUUUGUUUCUCUAGGAAAACAUCGGUCUCGCAGAAGUGUGAUGAGUGAAACCAAAUUUGUGGAGCUAAUUAUAGUCAAUGAUGGUAGUCAGUACAAGUACUUUAAGAGAAACAGGACAGCAGUUGAAUAUCGUUCAAAGAUGAUAGCUAACAUGGUAGACUCUUUGUACCGACCUCUCAAGAUACGUGUAGCUCUGACUGCAGUGGAAACUUGGACCCAAGGCGAUAAAAUAAUGGUUGAUGAAGAUUCAGACAAGAGUUUACAAAACUUUAUGAAAUACAGAAAUUCAGAUUUGGUCAAAAAAUACCCACAUGACAAUGCACAGCUGCUGACGAGGAUAAAUUUUAAAGGUUCAACUGUUGGAAAGGCUUCAGUUUUGGCCAUGUGUGGUGAGAGGUCUGGUGGUGUAGUACAGGAUCAUUCUGACAGUGCUGCAGCUACAGCAGCAACGUUAGCUCAUGAAAUGGGUCACAACUUUGGAUUUCUUCAUGAUCAGGACAUUCCAGGUUGUAAAUGUGAUGCACCAACUAAUCAAGGAUGCAUCAUGUCUUCUGUAGCAAAGAACACACCCUCAACAGACUGGUCAUCAUGCAGCAAAGAUUCAUUUGACACAUACCUGAAGCGGGGCCUGGAUGCCUGUUUGUUUAACACUCCAUCAAACUUGUUUGGAGAUGCAUUGUGUGGUAAUGGCUUCAAAGAGGAGGGUGAAGAAUGUGACUGUGGCACCAUAGAGGAGUGUGAAAAGUAUGGUGAUCAUUGUUGUAAUGCCACAACCUGCAAGCUUCAUCCUGCCUCUGAAUGUGAUUCUGGCCCAUGUUGUGACAAAUGUAAACAUAAACCUCAAGGUUUUCUCUGUCGCGACACGAUCAAUGAAUGUGAUUUACCAGAAGUUUGUACUGGAAAAUCAGGAUUGUGUCCCAGCAAUAAAUACGUGCAGGAUGGUGCAACUUGUGCCAAUGGCGAGGGAUACUGCUUCAAAGGCAAAUGCCCCUUACACGACACACAGUGCAAAGACUUUUGGGGAAAAGAUGCACUUUCCGGCCCAGACGGUUGUUAUAACUGGAAUAAGCAAGGAAAUUACAGAGGGCAUUGUGGCUUUCAGGGUAGCAACGUAUAUAAGAAGUGUGAUGAAAAGGACAAGCUCUGUGGCAUGCUUCAAUGCACAAACGUAGAAGAUAAGACUCACCCAAUAAUCGGACACCCCAAAGGCUCUUAUGGACACACCUCUGGCGAAACACUGUGCAAAAGUGCUUCUGUUAGUCUUGGCUCAGACAUUCCCGAUCCUGGUGAAACUUUGGAAGGGACAAAAUGUGGAAAGAAUAUGCUUUGCAUUCAGCGGAAAUGUAUCAGCAUAGACGUGUUUAAUGCCAAUAACAAACCAUGUCCAAACAACUGCUCAGGUGAAAACGGGAUUUGUAACAACGAUGCAGAGUGUUUCUGUCAUAGUUGUUGGACAGGAGCAGAUUGUAGUGUUCCACAGUGUGGAACAGAAGGUAAUGGUACAGAGUACACAAUAAGCACCCCAACUAAUUUCACAGGUGUGCCAGAACGAGAGAGUUACAAGAUAGGUUUUGACAAGAAUAAUGAGAUUGACCCUUCAAGCUCUUACCUUUAUUGGCAGGAGGAAAUAUCUUCAAAACUGUAUAGAGAAUUUAAUCUUGAUGCUGGCAUCGUUCUGUCAACAGGGACUGCAGAACCUCAGGCAAAGCGAAGCAAUUUGGCUGGGAUUUUGAUUUUGGUGUUUUUUAUAAUUUUCCUGAUCGUUGGUGCUGUUUUUGCUUUUAUUUACCGGAAGCAAUUGAAAGAGAAAUGGCAAACAUUCAAGCAAAAGGCCCCUGUCAAUAAAAGUUAUCAAGGUCUGUCCCGGGCUUCUCCUAAACAAACCAGGGCUCGUAAUGGAGCAGAAGCUACAGCAACGACAAAUUCUGAGCCCUUAAAGCCGAGACCCGAUAUAUCGGGGCCUACGCUCACAAGUACCACCCGUAAGGAGCCUGUAAAUGUAACAACUAAUCCGUUAGGGACAAGUAAAUUCACAGCUGCAUCCACUAAACAAGAACAACCGGCCUCUCAGCCACCAGUGGUCUUUAAGCCUACCCCACCGAAACCGGAUAAACCUGAACCACCUGUUGUAGAAAAGGAGAAGCGUCCUCCCAACCUUCCACCUGUCAAACUUCGAAAUCGUGAUUGGCCACCCAAAGGUGACAAGACAGCAUCAUUAAAUCGCGCCUCCAGUCCUCCGUCAGUAACAGAACCAACUAGACCGGUAAAACCUGUUAAACCUCCGAGACCAGAAAGUCACGCGGGUGUUUUAGAUAAACCAUCUGUCCCUCCCCACCCUGGCGUAAAGGCUUCGAAAGAAUGGCCCCCUCGCGAUAAGAAAAACGAUACACAUUCAAACCCAGCUCAGGGAUCUAGAGCCCCUACGAGUCAACCUAUAGUUCCACUAAGGCCGGUUCCGAAAGCUGUUAAAGGACCUUCAGAAGAAAGACCAUCUUCCAUUCCACUGAAACCGUCUGAUAUUAAAAAGGGCCUCGGAACCGGAAACGAUAGGCCUCUUUCAGCUUCAAAUGUUGCAAGCCCUAAAAAGGUUCCUCUUAAGCCCCCUGGGCCCAUUCCAAAGCGUCCUGGAUCAAAGCCGACGUGAACGACGGGAUAUCGCCAUUAUAUGAUGUACAUAGAGAUAGAAUGUCCUGAAGUAAGAAAUGCCCAUAACAUAGACAGCUAUUGAAUUCGUAUAAUAAUCCGCCAGUAAGAUAUGAUGAACGAGAAAGUUUUAAAUUAGUCACCCAUCGUAAAUCGGGCUGCUUUCAUUAUAAAGUAAAUUAAUGAUACAACAUGCUAAUUUAAGUAAGGUAAACUAACAUACAUUUAAACAAUUUAACUAAGUCGAUGUUUCAAAUGAUGUUACAAGGUGCGAUAAUCCUUUUAUCACCAGGCAAUAUGUCACUUUCUUCAAUGAAAAGACUGGGUGGUUAAACUUUUCCAUCCAAGACAAGGAA